AUGGCGGCGAGAGCCAUUCUAUCCAUCCGUUCGUCGACAUCUUCGAGCAUCACGGCUUCCCACACUCCUUGUGCUUAUUUCGCCGUACAAUCUCACAAAGGAGAAAGAGAGAGGAAACUUCUCAAAUCAAUCAUGUUCAUCGCCAUCCAAUGUUGCGAAUGCUCAACUAUGCAGGUGAAGCAGAGAAAGAAGAGCAGUAACAAAUGGUGCUGCGUUGUUUGUGGCCAGAAACAGUCAUUGACGAAAGUGUUUGCUCAAGGUCUCAUGGCGAAGGAUGUUCGCCCCUUCGUUCAGAGCUUCAACAUGUCUCGCCAAUUCUCCGAUCAGAAUAGCAGGAGCGAAACCCUAGAUCCGGUGCUCGAUGACAGUUCUAUUGAUCAGUUUCCAAUUAAUCAUAGGAAAAGAACCGAUUGGACUGAGUACAUUGAUCCGGAAGAGAACUGUCGAUCUGAAGAAGAAAAAGAAAAUAACGAAUUUGAACCAAAGAUUGUGACUGAAUUGCCUGAAUCAUUAUUCAAAAAACCAAAGCUAAGUGUAUCUGCUAGAAGAUCAUAUAACAAAACUGAUGUCAAGCUUCUGAAACCAGUUUUCUCCAAGAAGAAAUCCUCACAUUCCCAAGCAAUGGAAGUGGAAGCAGAGGAGCAGCCAAAGGGCUCUAUGCCAAUACAAAAGAAAGAGAUAAACGAGAAGAACAGUUUCAUAGAGUUCUGGGAACAGAUACUAUCAGAAGACAAUAAUGAUACAUGUAAAUUCUCUGAAAGAGACAAAGAGGGUUUAAACAUGGGAGGGAGAUUUGUGGAUCUUGAUGGUCAUUUAGAUGAAAGCUUAAAGAAUGCAAUAGUAAGUGAUCAGAGGGUUGAAGAUGAAGUCCAUCCAGAAUUCAUGUGAGUUCUUAAUUUCUAGGAUGUUAAUAUUUUUGGGAAAUUUGAAUUGAUUGGUGUUAAGUAGUUCAAACUUAACUGAUCUUUGUAUGAUUGUAUUCCUAUAACUAUCAUUGUUUGAUGGAUCGUUUGAAUCAAAAGGAAUGUUGAAACAA